CUUAAACUGAACGGCAGGUCAGGGGCGACGUGAGACAAGUAGGGCACCUCAGAGAAGGACAGUCCACCCGUGUGCCUUCAGCAGCAGCUACCUGCGCUCUGCUCCUCAGAUAUUUUCUUUUUUAAUUUUCAUUUUUCAAGUUAAACCAGCUGGUCGUUUUUUCUUUUCUUUUCCAGAUGAUCGUGUCUCAAGAAAGGCCCAUGACCUAUGCCAAGAUGAAAGGCCUUGUCUCGUUUCUCUCAGCUCUGCUCAAGGGGAAGAAAGUGGGCUUCAGUGACUUCUUGCACAAAUUUGUUUCCAGCCAGCACCUCUGCCAACACCUGGACACUGAGAAAAUCCUGCAGAGACAAAGCAAACCGGGGAGAGGGAAGGAGGAGAAAUCUACUUUGAGCUCCACGAACACAGAAACCUCACAGAUGAAACCAUCAGACUUCGACUACCUCAAAGUCAUCGGCAGAGGAAGCUUUGGAAAGGUGCUGCUGGCAAGACAUAGAAAACAAGGGGGUUAUUAUGCCGUGAAAGUGCUCCAGAAACAGUUGAUUGUCAAGAGGAAAGAGAAGCAUGUGAUGGUUGAGAGGAGUGUACUGCUGAAAGGACUACAGCAUCCAUUCCUGGUGGGACUCCACUUCUCUUUCCAGACACCAAACACUCUCUACUUUGUCCUGGACUAUGUCAACGGAGGGGAGCUUUUCUACCACCUGCAGAGAGAGGGGUCAUUUCCAGAACCCAGAGCUGCUUUCUAUGCUGCAGAGGUGGCUGCAGCACUGGGCUACCUCCACUCUCUUAACAUCGUCUACAGAGACCUGAAACCUGAGAACAUCCUGCUGGACAGUGAGGGCCACGUGAUGCUGACUGACUUUGGGCUUUGUAAAGAAGGUGUGGCCACAGGUGGGGUCAUGCACACCUUCUGUGGCACUCCGGAGUACCUUGCUCCAGAGGUGUUACACGGCCAUCCAUAUAGCCCAGCUGUGGACUGGUGGGGACUCGGCACGGUGGCUUAUGAGAUGAUCUGUGGACUGCCUCCAUUUUAUAGUCGCAGUAAACUGCAAAUGUUUCAGAACAUCCUUCACGGCCCUCUGCAGCUACGCAGCGACAUCUCUAAAGCUGCCUGCUCACUGUUGGAGGGCUUAUUGGAAAAAGAUGUCUCCAGACGCUUAGGAGCGAGCUGUGACAUUGCGGAGCUGCAGGAACAUCCCUUCUUCGCCUCUAUCGACUGGGAUGACCUCCUGGCCAGAAAAAUCAGACCCCCUUUCAUCCCAAAAGUGGCUGGUCCUUGGGAUGUCAGUUACAUUGACCCAGCGUUUACACGACAACCUGUACCUGCCUGUGUGAACGACAUGUGCCAGGAGGCCGGGGUCAGCGAGGCCUUCCAAGGAUUCUCCUACAUGAACCCUGUGGAGUACCUGGCAGCAGAGCCGGUUUCAUAACAACACCGAAUCCUCCGGGGGCGCGGUUGUUCAGUUGUUUCUUUUUUACAUCAUUAAUUUUUAAGUGGGUGUCUAUUUUUAAGAACUUGAGCAAAAAGAUUUUUAUGCUAACAGUGCAACAUACUGUAUGUUUCAUUGGAUGUUUUGUUUGUUUGUUUUGUGUUUUUGGCUAUUGAUGUUAAUUCAAUAUGUGGUCGUGAUGAUGGAAUGGGCUGGUCACUAUUUCAUCCUCGCUGCUUUAAUGCAUUAUAUGAAGCACUCAACAGUUUGGAGUAGAUUUAUUUUUCAACACUUUGCAUUUACAGGAUAUUAAAAUAUACAAUGUGUACUGCAAAA